GAGAAGACGGAGAAGGCUGGCGCGUUUACUGCCGGCUAGGCUACCGAAACGACUUCGUUUUGCGUUCGCCCGACUCGAUUUCGCCGUCCUCCGAAUUUCCAUGAGGUUACAUGGGCCUAUAAAUAGCGUAUGCAAGCUGUUUUGCGGUCGCCGGAUGCGACCGGAUGCCUUUACCGACGGUGCCAAACCGGUAAACCAUCUCUACUUCAGGCUACUGACUCGCAUCGUCCGUGCGCCUGAUGCUUCGCCUCAGUGUUACAGGAUCUUUAUUUGUGACAGAAAACGCCGCCCUGCUGCUACCCGGCGCUCUCUCCCGAUAUCUCCGACAACGAAGAGAAAGCAACGUACAGCUCCCUUCAGCAUACAAGAUAUAACUAAAUAUUAAAAAUAUUUUUCUAUCAUAUUUAAAUAUCUAGUUUUAAACACGUGUCAUUUAACGAGAGAUGAAGAGACUGAUGAAGAAUGUGAACGAACGGGAAAGUUAUCUUUCAAAUAAUUCAAAAAACACUUUUUAGCGCAUCAGUGGAUAUGAACACGGGCUUGCUAGGUUAGUCGGGCUCGCUUUGCAAUUAACGUUCAUGGUCAGCCCUGGACAGGGUUAAAGCGCGCGGGUGGUGCGCAGGAUGAAGGAGUGCUGUCGGAUCUGCGCGCGCGAGCUAUGCGGGAACCGGCGGCGGUGGCUCUUCCACCCGGCGGCUAAGCUGCAGGUGCUGCUGUCACACGCACUGGGCAGCGAGCUGCAGCGGGACGGGCGUGGAGAGUUCGCCUGCGGGAAGUGCGCCUUCAUGCUGGAGCGCAUGUACCGCUUCGACACGGUGAUCGCCCGCGUGGAGGCGCUCUCCAUCGAGCGCCUGCACAAACUCCUGACGGAGAAGGACCGCCUCCGCCAGUGCAUCGGCGGAAUGUACCGGAGGCACAACGGCGAGGCGACGCCCACGGGUGACGACGGCAGGCCUGAGAAGGACCGCGCCGGCGGACUGACGGGCCUCCACGACGUGAGGUACUGCGCCCUGCUGCAGGAGGACCUGAUGUAUUCGGAGUACGAGUCGUGGGCGGAGGAUGAGGAACAGGUGGCCGACUGUACCCAUAAUCCCCCGGUCCAGGCGUCGGAGUCGUCGUGGGCGUCGGCGCCGCAGCGGCGGUGCCGAGGCUGCAGUGUGCUGCGUGUGGCCGACUCCGACUACGAGGCCGUGUGCAGGGUGCCCAGGAAGCUGGCGCGGAGCAUUUCCUGCGGCCCGUCCACUCGCUGCUUGCCAAGCGCCUGCGGGGAGGAGCCGACUGCGUCCACCCCCAUGCCAGCCAUCCCGACGUCGGACGCUCCUGCGUCAGACGGCGACAGGACGCCGGCUGGGCCUACGAGCAACUCCGGUGGAUCCGUGGUGUCCCUCACCACCACCCUGGAUGUAGCGCUUUCUGGCAGAGAGGCGGACCGAGACAGGAGGGUGGAGCAGAACUCGGACGGCCACUCGGAGGAGCACUCGGGUCCUGCCCUGGGCUCCCUUGGGACCACCGGCAAACUGGCCCUAGCUCAGUACCUGAUGCACGACUGCACAUACAGGCCCAUUCAGAUUCCACGUGGCAGCAGACUGCCUGUGCUGAUCAGACCUGCAGGCACUGAUGCAAGCAUUAGGCGGGGCAGCCCCGAGUGGGUCCUGAGGACACCCUACUGCGGUAUGGAGUAUGUGGUGGAGGAGGCAGACCCACCAAGGAUCCAGCUGGACGCAGAACCUGAGCUGGCCGAGCUGGAGGAGAUGUGGAAUGAAGCGUAUGUGGAGUACAUGCCCUUCUGCUUCCAGAAGGUUCCAAAGAAGAGACUGAUAGAAGACCAGCAGUCCCAGUUGAACCAGUAUGAGUGUGCAGCGGGGCAAUGUGUGAGUGAGCUCCAGAAAGCUCAGCUACAGGUCCAGUCUCUCCAGGACAAGAUCCAGGACAGCGAAAUCAGCAACAAGAAGCUUCAGGAGAGCCUGAAUGAAAUGGAGACUGAGCUGCAUUCCAUCAGACAGGCAGCUCAAAGCCAAGAGAGGACCAUCCAGAGUCUUACAGAAAGCCUCACUACUAAAGAGGCAGAGACUCAGGAGCUGUAUCAGGUUAUAGAAGGUCAAAACAACACUAUGUGUAAGCUCAGAGAAAUGGCCCACCGCAACCAGCUCCAGAAUACCCAGGUUUUACAGGGGUGCGAUGCAGGCUCUGUAGCCCGGCUGCAGGGUGAGGUGGUGGGCCUACAGAGCUCUCUGUUCUGCUGCCAGCUGGAGCUGGAGUCCAGCCGGCGGGCCCAGAGGCAGAGCCAGAGGGAGGCAAGCGACCUGGCGCGUGCCAGGGACCGCCUCCAUGCCGACCUGGACGCAGAGCUGCAGCACAGGGAGACCACCGACAGGCACAACCAGGACCUGCGUAACACAGUCCAGCAGCUGCGUUCUGAGCUGCAGGUGAAGGAGGCUCAGCUGAGGGACAGUGAGAGUGAACAUCACAGUGAAAUUUCAGCACGAGACAAAACAAUCUCAGACCUGCAGCUCACAUUGAGGGACAAGGAGAGACUACUGCAGGAGUACUCUGAACUGUUGGAGCAACCUGCUGACACAGGCCGAGGUCGAGAUGCCCUGUUGGACAAACUGAAGAGCCGCAUACGUGAACGGGACAAAGCACUGGAGCGUGCCAUCGACGAGAAGUUCUACCGUGUGGAGGAGAAGGAGAGCGAGGUGCGCCGCCUGCAGCUAGCGCUCCGCGAGAAGGAGCGAGACCUUGAGAGGCUGCGCUACAUCCUGUCCAACAAUGAGGAGACAAUCACGAGUCUGGACGCCCUUGUACGCAGUAAGGAGCUGGAGGCGGAGCAGAACCAGGAGGCGUGUCGCAAGCUGCAGUGUCUUAAAGACCAGUGUGACAGAAACCAUGCGGUCGCAUUGCUUGAGAGAGACAGCAUCAUCAAACAGCUCCACACUGCACUGAACACUCGCAGCAAAGAGACAGAGGACCUGACUGCAGCACUGAUGACUAAGGGCUCCUCCAGCCCAGGUGGGCUAAUGGAUGAGCUCAGCUCUCGGCUGGCCCUGAAAGAGCGACUCUUCCAGGAGCUGCUGGCUGACCGCAGCAGGCAGAGCCAGGAGCACCACACGCAGGUCCAGGACCUGCUUAGCACCAUCAGCUCCCGAGACCAGUACAUCAAGGAGAGUGGUGAGAGGCUGAGGCAGGUGAUAGCAGAGCGUGCUGGGCAACUGCAGGAGCUGCGCAUGCAGCUGUCGUCACGGGAACAGGAGCUCAGUGAGGAGAGGCGAGAGAGAGACAGGGGGGCUUCACUGGCCAUGGAGAUGGAGAGAGUGCAGAGUAUACUGAGAGAGAAAGAAAGCCUCAUACAGGAUCUGAUGCAAAGCCAGGAAGAGACGAUGGUGACCUCCAGACCAGUGGGGGCAGUGCAGGGGCUGGAUGAGGGCAGCUCAGAACUAGAGUUUCAGGCUGUUAAAGAGGAGCUUCAGAUUGCCCUGAGGAAGCAAAAAGAGGCUGAGCGGGAGCUCUCCGAGCUAAGACCUCUGCUCAGUAAGCAUGAAGACCACCCAAGCACUGAGUAUCAGAGCACUCUGGAGCAGCUGGCAUCAGAGUACCAGCAGUUGAACCAGGCUCUCCGUGCUGAGAAGAAACUCUAUCAGAACCUGAGUCAGAUCCAGUCUGGAGGAGACAGCAGUGCGGAGAAGACCCGGGCGCUGCACAUGGAACUCGACACUGUUCAGGCCCUGCGAGGGCAGCUGGAGGAGGUCCUGAGCAAGACCCGCGACACAGCUCUGGCACUGGACAGGGCAGCUAAGGCCCAGGCUGACUAUGGAGAAUUCAGCUCGGACGAGGAGGAAGAGGAUGACGAGGAUGACGAUGAAGACGGUGGCAGUAGCAGUGAAGAAUUUACAGACAGCAUAGAGGAAGAUGAUGUGAAACUGACCGCUCGGAGUCUGGCUAGCACGCAGAAUGCUGGCAUGUCUGGAGGACCAGUGGGCGAGGGUCUAUCCCAGGGGGCCAUGCAGGGAGGAUGGCAGGACAAGGUAGCACAGAAGAAGAGUAAGGAAAGAGAGAUAAGAGAGAUUAAAAGCCAGCUCAGCCAGGCGGGCCACACCACGUGUUCUCUGAAUAGAAGUAAUCUACCAGGUCAGCAGGUGGCAAACCACAAACUGGAACAGAGCGGACUUGCAUCGGGAUCCGUGCUGGAGUCUGAAUCUGGACUGAAGACGGAUGGUAAGGUAUCUGUGAGGUGCAGAAGGUGGGAGCAGAGUGACUCGGACGGACUGAGGCCCCGUGGCCUGCCCCGACACAACCAGUACGCGCACGGACAGGAAGCGGAAGAGGAGGAAUAUGACGACGAAGAUGAGGAUGAGGAGGGUGAGGGUGCACGGGACCCCCGGUGCAAGUGCGGGGCCCCAAUCGUGACUCUGAGAGAGCGUUCAGGAAAGAGGAGAUGUACCAGACCUCACUCUCUGGACCUCGGGGUGCUCCUGGCUCAUGGGCUUCGAGGCAGUUACUCGGCGCAGGACCCAGGCGUGGAGCAGCAAGUGGAGGGCCAGAGUAGUGGCUCCAGUUCCAGCAGCGGGGUCGGAGCCACAGGGUUCUGGCAGCAUGUGGAGGCAGGCCUCCGGGAGCAGGCGGAGCGUCUCCGUAGUGACCUGGCCCUUAGUCGGCAGGAAAGUAGAGAGCUGCAGGAGAGACUGAUGGUGUCCGAAGCCACUGUCCACGCGCAGGCCGAGCAACUGAAGGACUACAGGGAACUACUGACGGAGACCGCGGUGCAGCGGGACAGUAAGCAGGUGCAGGUGGACCUGCAGGAUCUGGGCUACGAGACGAGCGGGCGCAGCGAGAAUGAGGCGGAGCGAGACGACGCCAGCAGUCCGGAGUUUGAUGAUCUGGAGAUGUGCACCUCCCUCUCACGCGAGCACUACGGCGACAGCGGCGUGGGUGGCGGCAUUAAACCCUGGACUUGCCGCGCCGACGGCCGCGGCGCGGUGCAGCCGGACGACGCGUCCUCGCUUCGCUGCCUGGUCCAGGACCUGCGAGCGCAGCUCUCCCGCUGCUACGGGGUGAUCCGGGGGCUACAGCUCCGUGUGCGCUCCCUCUCUGCCACGUCUGAUUACGCCUCCAGCCUCGAACGCACCCCGCGCAAGGUGAACUGGGCGCUCCGGGUCUCUCCGAGCCACAGCGCAGUGGAGGAGGAUGAGGGCUGGCAGUCGGACGGGCCGGCGCCAGGCGCGGCGCGGCCCAGCAGGGAGCUGCAGGAGCUGGUGUCACGCGUGGCCUCGCUGGAGGAGCAGGUUCGCAACGCCAGGCUGGAGGGGAACGGAGGUGCAGAGGAGGGCAAGAACACCACCUGGCCGGGGAAGUACAACACGCUGAUCCAGGCCCAGGCUCGGGAGCUGUCGCACCUGCGGCAGAGAAUGCGUGAGGGGCGGGGCAUCUGCCACAUCCUGACGCAGCAUUUAGGUGACACCACCAAGGCCUUCGAAGAACUGCUACGAGCCAAUGAUAUUGAUUACUACAUGGGCCAGAGUUUUAGAAAACAGCUCUCACAGAGCACUUCACUAGCACAGAGGAUCAGCAUUAAGAUCAAUGGAAGAGAUCGGACAGAGCUACAGGAUGAUAAAAUGGGCCAUGAACUGUUAGCUUUAAGGUUGAGUAAGGAGCUCCAGGAGAAAGACAAGAUCAUCGAGUCUCUUCACACCAAGCUGAAGCAGCACCCUGACACGCCCUCCAGCAGCCGCGCGCCCUCCGAAACCACAGACCAGUCUGACCGCACUUCCUUCGCGUCAGAUGACAGGGGCUCGACCAAUGAGGACCUGGAGCUGUGUUCCGACGUGGACGCUGUCAGUGAAUAUGCUCAGCAGGAACCAGCACCCAGACCUGAGGAUGCAGGUUUUAGUUUACCUCAUUCACUGAGCAGCUUCACACUGAUGGGACCCACACCUAUAGAUACCACCAGUUACACUCCACAGCUAUCCCAGCAUUCCCUGGGACAUCCCCUGAAAACAGAUGCGCCAUGGAGCACAGAUAACAUGUCUGAGCCAAUCAGAGGCCUUGCCGGAACACCUGUUUAUCAGUCGGGGAGCGGUCAUUCAGACAUGGGCCUGAUUGAAGAGCACCUGCAAGAGAUCCGGACCCUGCGGCAGAGGCUGGAAGACUCCAUCCAGACCAACGAGAGGCUGCGCCAGCAGCUCGAGUCCCGGCUGGCCGCCGUCGCCAGGGACGGAGCUGCACCCACUAACAUCUACAUCCAGGGCCUGGACACUGUCGCACAGCUGUCUAACGAGAUCCGAGUGCUGAAAGAGGAGAAUCUGAGUCUUCAGUCGACACUGCAGACCAGCAGGGACAGUAAUAAGGAGGUGGAGCAGUUACAGGAGGCAGUGCUGACUGGGCGUGCCCGACUGAAGCAGGCGGAGUUAGAGGCGGAGCAGUGGAAGGAGGAGCUGAGGAGGGUGCAGGCCCACAGCUGUGAGCAGAUCCAGCAACUCCGGCAGGAGAGACAGAGCAAUCAGGAGCACAGCAACAAGUUGCAGCACGAGGUCAGUCUGCUCCAGCAGCAGUUAUCUGAGAGCAGGCAGCUGUUACACUCUCUGCAGUGUGAGCUGCAGCUGUACGACCGUGUGUGUGCAGGAAACAAGAGCGCCCUCACAGGCCGCGCCUCCGAGCCGCCGUACCUGUGCGGUCCUGGCGUGGGCGAGCUGGCAGGGCUGCUGCUGGAGGCGCGAGCCCCGAGGCCGCAGCUACCAGGACAGCUGGCGGGAGCGGAGCCCCGGCCCACGGCCCUCGUCCCCGCCAGCCCGCUGCGCAACGCCCUCUACAGGAGACAGCUGCUGCACGACCCAUCCCCCUCCCCUCCUGUGAGGGACGUCGGUCCGUUCCCUGCGGGACCACCGUACUCCCCCUACGCUGAGCUCGAGGAGAUCUCUCUCGCCGCCAAUGACUCACUGGAGCCUCACGCAGAGCUGGAGGGCGAGGCCCCGGACGGUUCCUUCGCCAGCCGGAACGGGCGCCACACCAUCGGGCACGUGGAUGACUUCAGCGCCCUGCAGCAGCAGGUCCUGGAGGGCAGGGGCCUCGUGCAACGGAUGGAGGCCACGCUGCAGACAUGCAUGAACACCGCCGCGAUGGAGGUCAACGCUGGCCAGUCUCUGGACUAUGCCAGCGUGAGGACUCUGCUAGCCAACACGAAGACUCUGGGCCAGAUACUGGAGGAGGCGGUCUCUCUGCUCAAGAUGUUCUGGAGGGCGGCACUGCCCAGCAGCGAUGGCCCCGCCCACCUCCUCCAGAAGGAGCAGUCGAUGAGGGAGGAGAUACGUUCUCUGCGUUUGAAGAUAGUGGAGCAGGAGGAGGUCCUUCAGAGCACCAUACAGAGGCUGAGGACCACCAACCGCUCCAAAGAGAGCAUGGAGACCUUCAUCGUCAACCAGCUGUCCAGGACCCGAGACGUGCUGAAAAAAGCCAGGGCCAAUCUGGAGAAGAACGAGCUCAGGAUUUCCUCUUUAAGCUCCUCCUCUUCCUCCUCUUGCCACGGUAAAGUCCUCAAAGAUGCCUACCCAAGGGCUUCUGAUUGGGGUGGCAUGAACCCCGAGGCCACGGGGAGUACAGCCAAUCGAAAGGUCGCUGUGAAGCAGGUCAGGGAGUGCCUUCUUCAAGCAACCUCCUAAACCAGCCAAGACCAGACGCAUCUUCUCCAGCUCCCUGCCUUAUCCUCUCCUCUCCUCAGCUCCUUCUUCUCCUUUCCGAUCUGCUCCUUACCUCAGUAGAAAAAAAAAAAAAAGACUCAGUCAACCUGUAGUUUUGCCUUCUGCAAUGGAAGAAGCUUUGCGGGUGUUGUUGUGUGCGUCCUGGUCGCCAUAGAAUGUUUUUCCUCGCCGUGGCAACUCGUGGACGGUGCAAAAGUGUGGUUGCAUGUUAGUUCCGCGUUCAUGAGAAGACGCGUGCACGUUAAUGAUCCGCGUACAACACAUACCGAACCAUUGCCUAAAAGAUAACUGCUGCCACUGGAGACAAAUUACACUCUUUCGGUGCAGCAGUUUGCCAUUUAAGAUAAAGCUUUUUUUUUGCAACUGACUGCCAGCGAAUCCCCUUGAGAAACUCAGGGAUUUUAGGCAAAGAAACAUUAAAAGCUACACGUUUUUGUGAGCGGCUGUUUGACAAAGCCGUUCUUCAGGCUCCUCGGAGCUCGGACCUAACCGGUGCCUCCCCUGAAAGCCUUCUAGCUCUGAGCACAGUGAGCAGAAAACACUGUGCUUUGAUGGUUUUGGUAUGGUAAGGUCACAGUAGUGUAAAAAUCGCUGCUGAUAGAGUCCCAGAGCUUGGCUGCUCCUCACCGGAGCUUUAGCGCUCCCUAGAGGUUCACAUGAGCAUGUGCAAUAAAAUAUUGGUUACUCAAUGCAGUUGUGCCAGUUUUCAUCAACAGUGGAACUGAGUAUGUAUUUUUUUCUGAAGCUGAAAGACCGUCGGUGCAAUAUUAUGGCUAGUAUUACGAUUAUUUAUCAUCCUUUAAAACUACUGAUGUUCAUGGACAGUAUUUGCAUGCUGGAGGUAGAAAAUGAAAACAGCGCCUUUAUGUUGUUUGGUGAAACUCGCCAAUACUUGCCAAAGUUUGAACUACUUUCAUUUUCACCUCGUUCGUGCCAUUAAUCAAGGAGUUGGUCUUUCUGAAAUGCUUUCUGAAUAUCUUUUGGAAAUGCUUAGCUUGAAACCCUCAUAUAGUGCCAUUUCAACAACUUAUUUGGAAUUCUUAAAUGGAGGUGACAUUUCAGGCAUAUUGUGAUUCAAGUUGGAAAUAUUGUUAGUGCUUAAUAGCUGGGUCGUAUAAGCACAUAUAUUUUCUUUUUAAUGCUCAUAUGAGUAUAUAGAAACGGUGAUUGGACCACAAAGUAUUUUUGGGCCAGAGGUCUCCAGAUGUUGAGGACAUAAAAACGUUUGAGAAAUUGGGCAUUGAGCGGUAUAGCAUACAGCGUUAUCCUCCUGAGUUCAAAAGCAUCAUAACUUUCUCUAUGUCCAGUGAAACAGUGACAAACUUUGGCAAGGACCUGGUGGGACCAAUAUUAACCUACUGAUGCCACGAUUAAGUACCCAGUCACAGUUUGAGGAGUUACUUGCUAGCUGCUCGUAGGUUUCUGCUGUUCCAUAUCUGCUUUGUUCCUCCUUCCCCCAGUGCUGUAUAUAACCUGCUAUUUGAUGCAGUGUCAUUGUGUUGUUCACUAUGUUAAACAUGUGCUGUAUAUGCAAAGGUUCAGUAUCUGGGUAGCUGUGCAAUGCCAAGACAUUUAAUCAGUGUUAAUCCUUCAUUUUCAACUGUUCUGCUACUUUCAACUUUUUGAUCUUGUCUGUCCGCAAAUAAAUGCUUCCGUGUACAUAUUGCUAGCAACUAGUGUGUAGACUAUACUAAAGCAAGACUAAGAUGCCUUGUACCAUGAUCCUUAGGGGAUUGUAACGUAGUGUUUUUUCAUACCCCCCCCCCGGAUAUAAAGCUUCAGAAUAUAUUGCACUGCCCACUUUUAUGCCAGAAAAAAACUAAAGUUCAAGUUAGUUAUCAGCAGCAAAAAAUAAAAAUACAAUCUUUAAGCUUAUGGUUAGUCAUAGAUUGUGGCAUGUUUCAGAGCCACAUCUGGCCUUGUUUGCCCUCUGAACUAUUUGGAUCAGGAUUGUUUUGUUAAUAACAAAAAUACCAGACCAAUGAGUAUUUUGCCAAAAACAAAUUGGAGAAGCAUUUCAAAAGUGGAAUGGGAUGGAGCUGUUUUCCCCCAGGUAAUCGGAUAACUACAGCCAGAAAACCAUUCCUGAGAUAGAUCAACUUUUGGCUUAACUGCUUCAGCUUCUGGGAUUUUGUGAAUCAGCUAAGGAUUUGAUUUAAAAAGAUGUGAAGAAUACCAAAGGCAAGCCAUUACCGAAAGUGUAAAUUAGAGUGCAAGACAAUUCGGUGAGCAUAAGCAAAGCCCAGUGUCAGGCGGACAGACCUGUAACCACCAGCAUGGAAAUGUGACCUGGUGGUUCCAAGAACUGUAUGAUAUGUAUAUACUGACUGAAUUCUGAUUUGUUGCUGUGGAAACUAAUGUAUUUGUGUGAUGCAAUAAAAGGUCACUGAUC